AUGCCUAUCAAUAGAAAACAGGUGACGUCCUUGCCACCUUUACCACGUCUCAAGAUCAGAAAGGCCACUGUAAGCAAGUCUACGAAUCAAUGUAUGGUUCUCAUGUCAUCCCUCUUGAACUGUUGGGCAGCAAAUGGUGAAGGUGCAGUUGCUUGUGCAAGCUUUGAAAACAAUUUAAAAACGUGUAUGGAGACAUUCAAGCCAAAACCAGAACAAACAUCAUCCAUUAACUACCAUGCAUCUAGAUUAUAUCCUAAAUUAAGGGGGAAGAGGAAUGAUUAA